AUGCAUGUACAGACCGGCUCCGUGUUGGAUGGCGACCUCUUGUCUGAUAGCAUGAGCGGAAGCUCGAUGCAGGCGGGCUCGGAGGAUGCCGGUUCGGUCCUUACCGAGGACGAAGAGGACUUUGAGGACUAUUGCCGUGGUGGUUAUCACCCUGUGAAUGUCGGCGAUCGGUUCUCCAACGGCCGCUAUGUGAUUGUGCGAAAGCUUGGCUGGGGCCAUUUCUCUACCGUUUGGCUCGCCAAGGAUCUUGUCGCCAAUCGCCAUGUGGCGAUGAAGGUCGUUAAGUCGGCCCCGCACUAUACCGAGACGGCGCUGGACGAGAUCAAGUUGCUGCAGCGUCUCGUGUCUGCAGACCGCAACCACCCCGGCUGCCGUCACUGUGUUUCGCUACUCGACCACUUCCGACACAAGGGCCCGAACGGCUCGCACGUGUGCAUGGUCUUUGAGGUGCUCGGUGAGAACCUGCUCGGCCUCAUUAAGCGGUAUCAGCACCGUGGCGUUCCUACGCACAUUGUCCAACAGAUUGCCAAGCAGGUCCUGCUGGGUCUCGACUAUAUGCACCAGUCGUGUGGCAUUAUUCACACGGAUCUGAAGCCGGAGAAUGUGCUAAUCUGCAUCGACGAUGUUGAGGCCGUCGUGGAGGCCGAAUUGCGCACCAACCCGAUGGCGGUGCCUACGAAGCUCGUCGGUGUUCCUCCAUCGCAAGGCCGCGGCGGUACGCAGACCCCCCGGCGCGACCCUGUCUUUAUCACCUCCUCACGCCCCCUGCCGAGCCCUAGCAGCAGUCUGGGCUCGAGCCCGAUGUUGGACAAACUCGCGUUCGGCAUGUCGCGCCUCGACAGCAGCCGCCAGAGCCUUACGGACACGGGUGGAUCGCAAUCGCUUGCGUCGGUCAGCAGCAACCUGCCGCCGAACGCCUCGUCGAUCCCCAUGUCCCCGGUGGAGCCCAAGAGCAACGUGCAGGUCCCGCUCGGCAGCAAGGUCGCGCUACCUGUGCAAAAGGGCCCCUCGCUCCUUUCGCAGCAGGCGCGCAAGGCGGCCGACGAUUCGCAGAGCGUGCAGGUCCAGGACAGCCCGCCUGAGCCUAGUACCGCACCGGAAUCGACGACGACGCCGAUGGCGACCGAUGAGGCGCCUGUCAAGUCGCCGCCGUCUGCGAGCACGUCCAUGUCGGGCCCCGAGGUGCUCGAAUCGGUGCUGCGCCCUGCGCCUGCCGCGGGCGACCCCACGGUCCUUCCGCCCCCGCCUCCGUACGACCCCUCGUCGCUGGAGCGCAUCACGGUCAAGAUUGCGGAUCUUGGCAAUGCAUGCUGGACGGACCAUCACUUUACCAAUGAUAUCCAAACGCGCCAGUACCGCUGCCCCGAGGCGAUUCUUGGUGCCAAGUGGGGCACGACGGCGGAUCUGUGGAGCGCGAGUGCGAUGUUCUUCGAGCUUCUUACGGGUGACUAUCUGUUUGAUCCCGCGGCGGGUGCCAAAUACAACAAGGAUGACGACCACAUUGCGCAGAUUAUCGAGUUGCUGGGUGACUUCCCAAAGAGCCUCGCCUUUUCCGGCAAGUACAGUGCUGAGAUCUUUAAUCGGAAAGGCGAGCCUCGACACAUUCACAAGCUUCGUUACUGGCCCCUGAUCAGUGUCCUUCAAGAAAAGUAUUUACUGCCCCUGGACCGGGCGAACCAGCUGUCGUCCUUCCUCCUGCCGAUGCUGCGGCUGAAUCCCACCGAGCGUGCGUCGGCGCGCGAGGCGCUCGAGCACCCCUGGCUGGCCGGCGUCUUGACGCAAGGCGAGAUCGAACUGGCGCUGCUUGCGCGCCAGCGCCAAGACAUUGCCAUGCACACCAGCGGCUCGCCCGACCCCAUUGCGGUGAUGCUGAGCCGCCGCGACAUGGAUGUAGAGGACGCGCUAAAGCCUGUCAGCUCGAUCGCGUCGUCGCCCGUCGACUCGCCCGUCGGUUCGCUGACGUGGAAGUCGGCGCAACUCUCGACGCAGGACUCGACCGCGGAUACGCUCUCGCUCCAGGACAAGCUGACCUCGACGCGGCUUUCGCAGGAAGACAAUGCGCCUAUGUAG